AUUCGCUGCCUUCUCAUCCCGCCUGUGUGCGCCGCAUCCAUACCAAGAUCCCGUUCACUUAUUCACCACAUGUCCCCGCAGCUUCCACCCCAUUUAAUUACAUAAUUGCCUCCAGUCACCUCCUAUCGUCCUGACUGACAGCUGAUCGCCGCUUUUCACGUUCUCCUGCUGCUGCUGCUCCACCAUCUCAACAUCUCCUCGCCGACACUCGUGCCAUGCAGGAGGUGUAGCCCUCCUUCUUUUUAUUUCUGCACCGUUGGAGGAAACCCAAACGAGGAAAAAAAAAGAAAAGGAAAAAAAGAAAUCUCCACCAGUAGCAAGUCAGGAUGUCAGACCCCGAGCCCUCCUCGCCGGCAGAUCCCCCGCUGCCUCUCACCUCCCCACGCACCCCCCUGCAGCUCUCCUUCCCCUUCCUGAGGGAGGGCAGCCGGGUCUGGGAGAGGGAGAGGAAGCCGCCACAGCCGGGAGAGCUGCCCAGCCCACUGCCUACCAAACGCACCCGCACAUACUCAGCGACAGUGCGAGCCAAAUCAGGUCCAGUAUUUAAAGGGGUGUGUAAAAACUUCUCCAGGUCUCAGGGUCAUGGAUUCAUACGUCCUUCUCGUGGAGGAGAGGACAUCUUCGUCCACAUCUCUGACAUCGAGGGGGAGUAUGUGCCUAUGGAGGGGGACGAGGUCACGUACAAGGUUUGCCCCAUCCCUCCAAAGAACCAGAAGAUCCAAGCUGUCGAGGUGGUGAUCACCCACCUGAAUCCAGGCACGAAGCACGAGACCUGGUCAGGUCAGAUCAUCAGCUCCUAGAGCAGCAGAAGGCCAAGAGGGAUUUGGAUUUCAUUUUCGGUUUUAUGUUUUCGUCGCGUUAAGGGAAGGGACCAGGUCUGGGGUAGAGGGAUCAGGGCUUGGCGAGCCUUAGGUGGUUUGGUUACGGAAGGUGAACACUUGAGUAUAAAGGAUAAGGUCAGAAAUUAAGCUUUGAAUGUAUAUUUUUGAAUGUUUUCCUUUGAAGGUCAUGGGUUUAUCAUUUGGAUUUGAAUGUUUUAGUUGAGGGGUUCAAAGUUGGGUUUAGAAAGUUGGGGUUCAGGGUUCGGCGCUAGCAUUUUGACCUGGGGAGUAUAUUUCAGUCGGGAACUCAGUGGUUGGUAGAGAAGUGAUGUCUUGGAUGAGUUGGGAUGUAUUAGAGGCCAAAAUGCAUUUUGAGCAAACCUGAAAUGAUUUAGCCAUGUUGGCAAACUGCAAGAGUUUAAUAUGAAGGGACCAGCUCAGUGGAGGUCUGUCUUUUACAACCACUUUUAUUUUUCCAUUGCAGUCUCAGCUGAUGUACAGUUAUGUGCCAUCGCUGCCAAACGUCAUUGAACAAAUCCAUCUGAAACGUACAUUUUAGCCAUACUGUGUCUGUGUUUACAACAACGGAUGGAGCAGAGCAAGGAUUCAAAGGUAGGGAAAGCACUUUACUAACAGCCGCCAGUAGGCUUGGCUUAACGUCAGAAGAACAGCUUGUCAGAUCUGCCUUCAUAAAUUCAAAGCAUAGGUUUUUUGACGUGCCACUAAGGUCUACCAAACGAGCAAACACACUUUCAAGUCGCUCUUAAUGCGUUUUGGCCUUGAGAGCCGCGAAAAGCUCCACUUAUUAGGAAUUAUUUUCCUUCUUAAUAUUGUAGCACUAUAGUAUUUUGUCUACUUGGCAAGUGUAGAAAUCCAGUGUUGUUGUAGCCAGCUCCUAUGACGGUCUUCAGUUUUGGUGGUAGAAGGAUGUUGUGAGGCCUGCCGCUGGAAAACCAGGCCAGAGGGUUUGGGGUUUGGGGAGGAAACCAGAGAGGAGAAGAGGGUCGGGGAAGAGGAUGGAGUGAUAAUCUGUAGAGGUAGUUGAGCAUUGAUGCAGCUAGAUUUGAGAUGUUAUAAAGCAAGUGGAAGGAAGAAGAACAAGAUUGAAGUCAGCAGUUCUCAAACUGUCGGUCAUCUGGAGAAGUUAGUGACAUUUGACAUUUUGGGAAAUACGCUAAUUUGACUUUAUGCCGAGACCGACUGUUACCACUGAUGUCUGUGUAGACAAUAUAAAGAUAUGGCCCACAGCUACUUAGCUUAGCUUAGCAUGAAGACUGGAAACAAAAGAAAAGCCUGGCAUUUAUUUAAUCCAUACAACAAACAGCACUAUCUUUAGGCUAGGCUAAGCUAACUAGCUGCUAGCUCUAGGAUCAUUCCUUCUGAAAUCAGCAAAUUUCUGCUCAGCCAUUUUAGGUUUGCUGGAAAAUUUUAUAUCACAAAAUACAGAUAUUUAAAAUGGUAUGUGUGAAAUUUUAUCUUGAUGUAUCAAAUACUUUCGGAGAUAAACUCUUUUUGUACAACUGUCCGUCGACUCACUUUCAGCACAUUUUUUUGCACAUUGAAAUUUGAACAGUUUGAACAAUGAUAACUCAGGAACUAUUAAAGAUAAAAGCCUGACAUUUUCAUCGUUAUUUUUCAUCAGUAAAUCUAAAUCUGAAAUAUUGUAUUGACAAAUAGAAAAAAAAUAAACUCUGAUUAUGAAUGAAUUGCAACAAACUUUUUAAUAUUAAAUACUUAUUCACAACAAAUUGGUGGAUAGCCUCAUAUAAGUAGAACUGAAUUUUGGAGUUUGAAAAUGAUUCUCUAAAUAUAUUCAAAUAUGUUUUGUCAUAGGGCCAUAGUUUUCCUUUUCAGACCCCAUUUUUUCAAACCUAAUCAAUCUUCAGUGCGCCAAAAAGUUGGACAACUUAAAAAGCAAUUAAAAACAAAACCCCUCUCAGGAAGUACUUGAUUUAUCAAUCUAACAUUUUAUAGAUAACAAUUUAAAUAUCUAUAGUUUAUGAGAAAAAAGUUUCUAGCAAAUCAGGGAUGGUCAAGCAGAAUGCCCGUGAUAAUUUGAGUGAAUGACCCUGUAGCUUGCUCUGUCCCUACUGACCUCUUUUUUUUUCUUUUUUCUUUUUCUUUUUUUUACACAAGUCAAAUACAUCCGUCCAUAUGGAUGCAAAUGCCGGAGUCGGAUCCAAAACUCAGUUAAAACUUUGCUACAACUCGAUGUCUGACAUCA